CUGAACGGCAACUGACGUUGAACCGGGGGAUCGGCAUGUCCCGAUGCCUCGUGGAGCAAGCAGGCUACAAGCGACAGGGGGUAUUGAAGAGCCGGAGCCGGAGAGCGGCCGGGACUUUAUUCCGGCGACCUUCUCGAUCGGGUACUCAAUCCCGACAUCCCUUCCGAGUGGAAAUCUGUUGGAACCGCUACGCCGGCUCAGGAAGAUGAAGCUAUCACGAUGUAAGCAAUGCGUAUAAUUGGAAUCAAUCGUGGUGUUGAGGAUG